CGUUUUCUGGGGCUUCUUACCGAUACUCGUUGGCCGUUCUUACUGGCAAGGAUGUUCCCAAAGUUGGAAUUAUGUCUAUUCGUUGGAUCCUCACCGGAAUCGCCGCAGGAAUGACUCAUGCUGCUAUUUCAUGCUUAUCUUCAAGAGUCUCCGGGGGCACAGACCAUUGGGUUCAUCACCUGGUAGGCGGUGCCGCUGCCGGGGUAGUCGCUGGUAUACACGGUUCAUCAGCAAUUCGUCUCCGUCGCGCUGCUGUGUUUGCUGUGGCUUCUGUGCUUUCUAAACAGUACGCCGUUUAUACAGAUGAAUAUCCGGAUCGCCAUUUUCCGCGCUUCGGAGAACGCAGUUCUUCACCCUACUUCACUCUGAAUCACCGUUUUAUGAAUCCGGAAGCCAAGAUGCAUGAGAAAUUGUUGGAGGAAAAAUUGUAGUUCUCUUGUAUAAUCCUCUAAGCAGGCUGCUUCGAUACACUUUAUCUUUCGAAGAUGUGGAUAUAUCUUCCAAGCUCCUUUACUCAAUAGAAUACAAUGUACAAUUUUUUUAUCUUGUUUUCUCACCACUUCCCUGCUCAUCUGAGUAUUCUCGUGUACACCCCCGUUAAGUGUGACUGUUUCGUCCCACCGUUUUAUGCUCCUUGACUGGACACCCUGGAAAUUCGUUUGUCUUAUUCGAAUCUCAGCAUCUACACUCAUUCGCGUCCCUUGGCAGCCUGUCACCAUGGGAUUCUAGCGUUCAUCACGUUUUACCCACAAUUUCAUCGCUUGAUGUUUCUAUGUCCACGACAAUGAGGUGCGUGGGUUCGUACUAGGUGAUAAUGAUCAAAUCAUUUCGUUAGCACAACAAGUAAGGUUAACUACGUUGUGGUGGUUUGCUCGCAUGCUAUGGGUCGACGGUUGGCCGAGUGGUUCAGGCAUCUGACUUGUAGUCCCACAUAAAUAAGACAACCUUGCAGAAUCCUUAGGCCGCAUGCUGCUGCCGAUGUUCGUGUACAACGAUUCGUCUAUACGGGGUGCCGGCAUACUUCUGAUGUUUCUUAUUCCCACCCACCGCUCAGCGAGGACGGCCAUGUUCAUUUUCCUGGAAACAGGAUGGCGCAAACCUCAGGAGUUACAUUCGAUAACUUGGUGGUGGAAAAUGAAGAUGUUGACGACUCUUUGUGGUUGCUGUUGGCUUGUCUCAGCUUCCAGCCUCGUGUCUGUGCACCCCACUUUGCACCGUUCUCGUGACCUUACAGAACGGCACGCUAUCGGUGCUGGUGAUACGUUUGCUUUAAUUUAACCGGACUGCCCAUUUGUGCUUUGUAUGCUGCAGAGUUAUCUUUGAUUUGCACUUAUGAUAUCUGGCUAUAAUUCCUUUAAAAGAUCUCUCUCCCCAAUAUUACCGCAUGCUCGCAAGAUCAUUAUCUAUCUGUGGUCGUGCGUUUUUGACUAAGGGCUGACAUCCUUAUUUCAGAUAUUUGCCUUGAUUGUUUGGGUUUUGUUUCUAUUCUCUCUAUUUCAUAUUGAGGUUAUUAUGGCUGUGCGACUGUGAAACUUCAAUGCAACUAUUGGUAUACCGCUAUUAAUGAUGACACUGAUUUUUUGAUUUGUAAGAUGCGUAACAACCGCUCUUCAGAGUUGUUGGGCAAAAAUUCCUUUUUCUCUAAUGGUGUCUGCGAAUGAUUACUACGAUGUUUUCCGACUGAGAACUCUACUGCUUGCGGGUCCUGAGUUACCAGCCGGUUAAACUACGAUAGGGCAUGUACUCGUUGAACGAAACACCUCACCUGAUUGUAGCGUGCUUCUGUAUGACCGGAGACCUCGAACUUGGUCCGAUACUUCUCACUUAUGAAUUUGACGAUACGCUCACGCACGACCUGUUGCAUAUUUCUUUGGCUUUUCUGCUUAAUGACUGUCAAGUUUUCUAAUUCUUCUUUCGAGUUUUUGCCCUAUGUGUUGGGGUUUUCAUCCUCUUUCCCUCCACUUCUCUCCAUUUGUGCUAUGGCGACUCAAAUCAAAUCAGCCGGGUCCAUCACUUCCGGUUUCUCAAAUGCUGUUUAACCAAUUGAACUAACAUGAUACUUAACGUAAACUGUACUGCAUAAGGCCUCCUUCUCGUCGUCCGAUCACGUCUCAUCUGCUGGAGCCCAUGCUUAAAUUCGCUUUCUCUUGUACACCUUUUUCUCCUCGUGGAUCUAUUGAUCCUUAUUCAUCUGACACUUUUGAAUAGACUGUAAAGUAUUGCUGUGCAUCUCACUUGCCUUUAAUGCGUAAUAUAAAACAUAAUAUAAUACUAUAUCUUUCCUGUUCUCCUUUGUUUCCCCCCUAUUUUUGUCGCCAUCCGGUUGAAUUUUAUUGCGGUGCAGUAACUAGGCUGUUUCUCACUCCUAGCUAACGUGUAAAAUGAAUAGAUGCAUAUUGUAAAUCUUCGCUCCACAUCACCGUCAGGCGUCGGUUGCUUAUUCUUGACAAAUGGCUUACAACCAGUACUCCUGCGUUGGAUGCGCAUGAAUUCAUGCAUGUUGUCGGUUGUGAACAGGUGUGAUGUGGCGCCAAGAACACCAGACAAAACGAAUCGGCUGUCUGUAGAUGGGCAGUUCGCUUCCCCCCCCCCCCAACCAUCCGUUGGCUGCGAUUAUAGCUGUCUUAACUACAUCCCCUCCGAUUUGGGGCAAGUGAUGUAGGCUAACUUUGAUCUUGUGCGGCUUUUAAUCACCCGACUUCCUAUGCUUGCCUCUCUGAUGGAUCGUUCGUUUAUCAACCACACUGUCAGAAACACCGAGUUUAUCCAUGAUUUUUAUGCAACACCCUUCUCUGAACCCUGAUAAACCCAGCACCAGAACGUUUGCGCAUUUGAACUAGCCAAGUAAGGGAAUAAGACGAAGCAGGGAUUGCUCUACAGACUAAAAAUCAUCAUCACACACGUUAGCUAGAAGUGAGAAUCACCUCAGCUAUUGCGCUACAAUACAUUAG